AACAAAAUGAAUAACUAAAACUGUUCGUCUCCGACGAGGGACGCUGCAGGAGCGCUUGCAGCCCAUGUCGCAGGAGAAGGACCGGUGAAGGGCCGCUCGCUGGUGGUGGAUGGUCUUGUGCUCGAGCAGGUUCAGGACAAAAAAUUGUUCCACUUGAAAACAUGGAGGCUGAAGACACUUACGAGAAUAUCGAAGAUCUUAGUAGUCAACGUACAAGAGAAGCAUUGAAACCAGAGCGCCGUGAUCAGCAAUGGACGAAUAUGCGAAGAAAGCAAUCUCCCCGAAUCAUCUACACUCUCGUGGCCAUCUCGAUCGUACUUUCCGUUCUGGCGCUUGGCACUGCAGUAAUACGGAUAACCAAGAUGGCGAGUGAAUUCAACUCUGCACUCAAUGGUUUCCAGAUUGAACUUUCCUGGUGGAAAUAUAACGUUAGUGAAAACUUCGAAAAGAAACACAAUUCAGUCAUUGCACUUCAAGCUGAAAUUUCACUGCUGAAGGAAAUUAGUGAAAACUUCGUAAAGAACCGCAACUCAGUCAUCGCACUUCAAACUGAAAUUUCACUGCUGAAGGAAAAUUUGCCUUCUUGUUCCAAACAAUGGAUUCAGUUCAAGCAAAAUUGCUAUCUGUUUUCCCCAAACAAAGAAACCUGGGAGAAAGCCAAUGCAUCCUGUGCAUCAAGGAAAGCCCAUUUAAUGGUCGUUAACAAUGCUGCAGAAGAGGAGUUUUUAAGAAAAGCCAUCCAUUAUAAUUUUCACUGGAUUGGGCUCACUUACACACAUGGGAGUAUGCAGCGCUGGGUGGAUGGAACAGAUUAUUCUUUAUCUAAUACAAGAAUGCUCGGGAUUGGUAAUUGUAAUUGGUUUUAUUCAGACUGCUGCACAGCCAUCACUUCACAAGGACAGAAGAUAUGCUCAUGCUUUUUACAGUAUCACAGCAUAUGUGAAAAACCAGCAGAGUGAAAAUUUCUUCUCCUUAUAGUGGUGACAAAGUAGGAACCGAAUCAACCUGUGAAUCUACCGUGUUUGCAUAGCCGGUGAUCAGCUCUGAGAAGAGAUUGAUAUGAUGUGGCCAGAACUCUCAUUUGCCCCCAACCCCUCGUGAAAUUGCAGCUGUUCCAACAUCUACUAUUGAUAUUCAAAUUUAACCAUAUAAACUAGCCCAGCAAUUCAAAGAUCCUCACGUGGCUCUUCCUGACUGAGCACAUGUCCUUUUUUCUAGUCAUGGUGCGUGUUCUGCAGCAGUUCUUUGUUCAUCAACUCAGUUUUGGCCUUCAGGAAACAACUUCCGUGUGAAAGCUAAUCCUGCAGUGUCAUUUGAAAACAAGGUUUGCAAUUUGUAUUACUCUAAGGAAUAGAAUUGUUUCUGUACAGUCCACCCUCCCAUUGUCUGCUAUAAUGUAAAAUGAGCGGCUUGCAGAAGGACUCCCCUUUCACCUAAUCAGAUCAGAGAGAUCAAACUGCCACUAUCCAAUCAGUACUCUCCUUAUCAUCCCUCCCCAACUUUUCCAACUUUACUCUGAACACAGAAACACGAUUCUGCCUGUACAUACUUUCAAAGCAAUUGCUGUUCUUUAACAGAAGUCCAAUCUCUUUAAUAAGACCAUCUCUGGCUGAAACUGGUUUAACUGAGGUUUUCCUACAAUAAAUGCUUUGGUAGCAAUAGGCUCAGAGCUUUUCAAGCAGGUUAACCUCUUAAUACGUACUCGCAUGGUGGAAUAUCAUUCCCUUCAUCGUCUUAUCCUCAACCCAACCCUACCUUUCCCACUUCUUCCUCUAUGCCCCCUUCCCCACCAUUCCAGGUAACAACUAGGAACUUAAACCAGAUUAAUGAUGCUGUCUGCCAAUAAUUUUAAUAAAGUAAAACGUUUAUACUUUGUACCUAGU